UGAUACGCCACGCACCCGCCUCGAAAGUUCAAAUUUCAUUCAUAUUACGUUCUCGUGUUUGUAUUGUUUGUAAUAUUGUUAAACUCGAAAUUCGAAUAUAGAUUAUUAUAUUUUGAAAUUCUUCGAUUUUCGAAGUUUCAAGCAUUCACAUCAUUGAAUAAACCGAAAACCAUAAUAUACUUGGUAUUUAUAAUACAACCGGCGAUAGGCCUUUUAAAAUUUUAAUCUGUUCGAGUUGAAGACUUCGUUUUUGACAGCCACAAUUUCGGAGUUGACGGUUCAGCUGAAGUGUUUGAUGUUCACAGAGCAUUAAUUCUGACACGAUAUUUAAUAUGAAUUUGAAAUUUUGCGCUAAUUUAUCAUUUAUGUAUCAAGAGGCAAAUUGUCUUUUGGAGAGGUACAGUUUGGCGGCUAAAUCCGGAUUUACUUCUGUGGAGUGCGCAUUUCCAUACUCAGAUUCCUUAGAGAAACUAGUGCAAGCAAAAACAAAUGCCAAUGUACAACAAAUCCUGAUAAAUGCACCCAGAGGUGAAACUUUUGAACUAGGUUUUGCAGCAAUUCCAAGUAUGGAGGAUAAAUUUCGUUCAUCUAUUGAUUCGGCUAUAUCUUAUGCAAAAGCUUUGAACUGUUCAAAGAUCCAUGUAAUGGCAGGCAUCGUUGCUCAACCAACAGAAGUUAAUCAUCAGACUUAUGAAAAAAAUUUAACUUAUGCUGCACAAAUCUUUGAAAAUAAAGGCAUUAUUGGUUUGAUUGAACCAAUCAAUAAAUAUUCAGCUCCAGGAUAUUAUUUAAAUUCAUAUGAACGAGCAAUUGACGUUUUGAACAAAAUUAAUAGCCCUAAUUUGAAACUACAAUUAGACAUAUUUCAUUUACAACAGAUCAAAGGAGACCUAACAAAUAACAUCAAGAGCUUGCUACCUUACGUAGGACAUAUUCAAUUGGCUCAAGUUCCUGCACGAAAUGAACCAAAUACCCCAGGUGAAAUAGAUUACAGUUAUAUUUUUCAACUAUUAGAAGAACUUAACUACAAUGAAUGGAUUGGUUUGGAAUAUAACCCUAAAGAUGAAACUGACAAAGGUUUAUCAUGGUUAAGAAAUUUAAAAAGAACUGAAAAAUUCUGAUGAGAAAUAUUUAAUAAAGUAUAUUACAACUUACAAGCAUUUAA